GUGUAUAUCUUAAGUCUAUCCUCACCUGGGGUGUUUUCUAUAAGUUAAUGAUCACAUUGCCAAAUCACCAUAAUGCUCGUGUUGAAAUGUUGCACAACAUUUUACUUUAAAAAUAAGCCCUCCGAGCUGUAGCAACAUCGACCUGAUCAAAACGUUGAACGCGGCUGUCAUUAAUUGUAGGCAUACGUUCUGAGGCAGACGAAGCUCCCUAUACUUCGUUUAACGAAGACAUGCUCGGUGCGCCAGAUCGACUACGGUUUGGAGGUUCCAGGAUGUCCCAGAAGAUCAAGGCAGGUUCGGUGGUGGAGAUGCAGGGGGAUGAGAUGACCAGAGUUAUCUGGGAGCUCAUUAAGGAGAAGCUUAUCUUCCCCUACCUGGAGAUGGACCUGCACAGCUACGACCUGGGCAUGGAGAACCGCGAUGCCACAGACGACAAGGUGACUGUUGAGGCGGCGGAGGCGACGCGGCGCUACAACGUGGGCAUUAAGUGUGCCACCAUCACGCCGGAUGAAAACCGGGUGGAGGAAUUCAAGCUAAAGCAGAUGUGGCGCUCGCCCAACGGGACCAUCCGUAACAUCCUGGGAGGCACCGUGUUCAGGGAGGCCAUCAUCUGUAAGAACAUCCCCCGCCUGGUGCCCGGCUGGGUCAAACCCAUCAUCAUCGGCAGGCAUGCUCACGGAGACCAGUACAAGGCCACAGACUUUGUGGUACCUGGACCUGGGAGACUGGAGAUGAAAUUCACACCCAAAAUUGGGGAGCCAAUGAACUUUGUGGUCCAUGACUUUGAAGGUUCAGGUGGUGUGGCUCUGGGAAUGUACAACACAGACAACUCCAUCAGGGACUUUGCCCACAGCUCCUUCCAGAUGGGGCUGCAGAAAGCCUGGCCUCUGUACCUCAGCACCAAGAACACCAUCCUCAAGAAGUACGACGGACGCUUCAAAGAUAUCUUCCAGGAGAUCUAUGAAAAGCAGUACCGCUCUAAGUUUGAGCAGAAGGGGAUCUGGUAUGAGCAUCGUCUGAUUGAUGACAUGGUGGCUCAGGCCAUGAAGUCUGAUGGUGGAUUCAUCUGGGCCUGCAAGAACUACGACGGAGACGUCCAGUCUGACUCUGUAGCCCAAGGUUAUGGGUCCCUUGGUAUGAUGACCAGUGUGCUCAUCUGUCCUGACGGUCGUACGGUCGAGUCAGAGGCGGCCCACGGCACGGUAACACGCCACUACAGACAGCACCAGCAGGGCAAGGAGACAUCCACCAACCCCAUCGCGUCCAUCUUUGCUUGGUCGCGGGGGCUGCUGCACCGGGCGACGCUGGAUGACAACGCAGAGCUGCGUGUGUUUGCUGAGGCCCUGGAGGUCGUCUGCGUCGAGACCAUCGAGGCUGGCUUCAUGACCAAGGAUCUGGCCAUCUGUAUCAAAGGCAUGGCAGGUACCAAACGCUCAGACUACCUGAACACCUUUGAGUUCCUGGAUAAACUGUCAGAGAACCUGAAGACCAAGAUGUCCAACCAACCCAAACUGUGAUGACCUCAUCUCCCAACUUUAAACACACACACUAUUGACAGCAGGGACUAUGGGCCCCGGCCAACACUGAACCAAUGACGGGGGACUGUCUGCCAGAACCCAACCAGAGCUUCUAGAAGACCUAGGACCCUCUGGACUUAAUCAUUCCCCCCACCAGCAGUCUGUCUGCUUCAAGGAGGUGUCUUGUCCAGGGGAGGGGGAUGUCCUCCCAAAGCAAAUGAAUCAUUCACAUCUGAACUACUUGCCAUUGCUGUCCCACUCUCCCCCUGCUUGCUGUUGCUUGGCAAUAUGAAUAUUCAUGUGGACUCAUUACACUCAACUUGCCUCAGAUUUCAUUGCUGUUCUGGACUGUUUCAAUGUUAUCCAACAAUACAGACCAUCUCCUUCUGCAACAUAAAAGCUGUUGACCCCCUCCAACUCUCUAAUGCUAUCUGCUCUGCCCCUUGACCACGCCCCCAACUCACCCGAUGAACUAGCUGCCCAAGUCAACACUGCUGUCUUCCUCAAUUCUCUGUCCUGUGUCCUUCUCCCCCUGGUUGACCCCUGAGGUCCGUGCCCUGAAGCAAGCUGGCCGCUGCCUGGAGCGCCUGAGCAGGAAGUCUGGUCUCACUGUCCACGCUGAGGCCUACAGAGAUGGCCUCAGUGCUGCCAGGUACACCUACUUCUCCAACAUCAACAGCAGCUCCAAUAAGAACUCCUGGACUCUGUUCUCCACUGUCAGCAAACUACUUCAGCCUUCGUGAAGACACCUUCUCUACUCGCUCCACUGAACUCUGCAACUCCUUCCUUCAGCUAUUUUCAAGGAAAAGCUCACCAAAAUACACUUCACUGACUGAUCAAUUUCUCUUAGCCGCCCCUCCCCCCAUCAACCUCCAAACCGUCAUCCCUGAAACCCGGCUCUACGAAUUUGCACUCAUUGACUCUCCCUAUAUCUCAACAUUCAUGUCAUCAACACCAUAACUUACUCAUUAAAGCCUGCCUGCUCUCUGUCCAUCCCUGGAUCCUCUCCCUACUGUUCUCAUUAAAGCCUGCCUGCUCUCUGUCCAUCCCUGGAUCCUCUCCCUACUGUUCUCAUUAAAGCCUGCCUGCUCUCUGUCCAUCCCUGGAUCCUCUCCCUACUGUUCUCAUUAAAGCCGGCCUGCUCUCUGUCCAUCCCUGGAUCCUCUCCCUACUGUUCUCAUUAAAGCCUGCCUGCUCUCUGUCCAUCCCUGGAUCCUCUCCCUACUGUUCUCAUUAAAGCCUGCCUGCUCUCUGUCCAUCCCUGGACCCUCUCCCUACUGUUCUCAUCAAAGCCGGCCUGCUCUCUGUCCAUCCCUGGAUCCUCUCCCUACUGUUCUCAUUAAAGCCUGCCUGCUCUCUGUCCAUAUCACACACCAUCAACCUCUCCCUUGCCCACGGAUCUCACCUCUCCAACUACAGAACAGCUGCAGCCCCCCCCAAUCUUAAAAAUGGCAGGAACGGACACCAUCUUUCUGCCCAAUUUUCAACCUUCCUUUCCAAGACUCUGGAACAGACUGUUGCCUCCCAAUUACAAACCCACCUGCUAGUCAACAACUAAUUCAAGCCCCUCCAGUCUGGUUUCCACCACAGUACUGAAACUGCAUUCAAAGUUGUGAAUGACCUCACCUCUGCUGAUGCUGGUGCCCUUAACAUCCUGAUUCUCCUUGACCGGCGUGCCGCUUUUAACACUGAGCCAUCAGAUUGAGGGUACAGCACUCUCCUGACUACAAUCAUACCUCAUAAACCGGACCCACUACAUCUCCCUCAAUGGCCAUACCUCAGACGCCACUGCAGUUACACAGGGUGUCCCCCAAGGUACUGUGCUGGGCCCCUUCCUCUUCAUCUUCCUUGGUCAGGUGAUACCCAGAUCACCUCGGCACCAAAUCCCUAUUCAACCCACCUGUGACCCACAUUGAAUUCCCUUUCUCUGCAAUAAAACAUGACUGCAACAACACUUCCUCAAGCUAAACAUUAAUAAAACGGAACUCCUACUCAUAGGCACCAAAUCCACCUUUGCCAAAGCUAGCAAUCUUGCGAUUGACACCACUGUUUUCCCCCCCACGCACGCAACCUUGGCGUCAUCCUGGACUCCACCCUCUCCUUUGACCACCACAUAAGACAGACUGGCAAAUCGUCAUUCUUCCACCUCCGCAACACUGCCAAAGUCAGGUCCUCCCUGUCCUGCCGUUGAAACACGCAUUCAUCUCCUCCUGUCUUGACUACUGCAACUCACUACUCUCCAGCAUCAACUCAAGCUCCCUCAAUAAGCUCCAAAUGGUUCCAAACUCUGCAGCCCGACCCCCUCGCUCACACUAAGUACUGGCAGCACAUCACCCCUGUCCUCUGAACUUCACUAGCUCCCUGUCUCCCAACGCAUUGAUUACAAGCUCUUCUUUCUGACCUACAAAGCCCUUCACCACCUUGUCCCCUACCAACCCACACGCCCCUUACCCUAAACCAGGUUCGUAUCCUAACCCCAACCCUCCCCUCCCCAUACACUGAUACAUCUCUCUUAUUUCAGCCCACCCCUCUCUUUUAUUAAUGUUUUUGUAAACUUUCUUUUUUUAAAUUGUAUUUCUCUUUUUUACAAUUGUGAAGAGACUUUGGUCCUUGAAAAGCGCUAUAUUAAUCCCAUGUUGUGUUACUAUAUGUAGGGUUCAGAUGUAGGCUGAGUUGAGUUUAUUUGUAUUUUUACAGGGACAGUGCACAUUAAUCAACGUUUCAGUAAAAGUGCUGGUUUUAGCCAGCCGGCUAAUUUUCAACCGCAGUCCCUGGGCAGGUUGUGAGGCCCUCUUCUCCAUUGAUCACUUACCACUAUGGUCUAGCCAUAUCUUUUGGUAACACUCAGCCAAUCUAAGUGGCCUGAAUCCUAAUUUGAGAUCCACGAGCAUAACUUGUGAUUUUUAAGCAAUUGCCGAGUGAAGUAUGUGUAUAUGAUUCUGCCAUGUAUGACCGUUUUUUUAUUUUUAAUGAAUGAUGGACACAGAAAUAACCAGUGUUCUUUACGCUAAUUGCACUAAGGUCCCCCUAUUUUUUUGUUGUUGUGUGUGUAUAUGGUCGGUCAGUGAGCAGUGAUUGCCAGUCCUGCCUGAGGGUGAUCUUACCCGUCUGUUGCCUUGUCUUAUGUAAAGUGACUUCAGUCUGUCACACCAUUAUGUAUGUAUGUAUGUAUGUAGGUCAUGAUGACUACUGUAGCCUGUUUAGAUUUUGACUGACUUGGUGUCAUUGAUUCACAAAGCUAUACUAGCAUCACUCACUCCUUGUUUGUGGUUAUGGAAGAGGUCGUAAGAUAUUAAAAACACACUUAACACCUUACCCCCUCAUGCAGAAACUAGUGUCAAUGUACCUUCAUCUGCCAGUAAGCACCCAGAACAAGAGGAUAUGCAGGUUUGUACUUGACAGUGUGGUCAGAAUAUCAACUCAAUAAAUGGGUUUUGGGGAGAA